GUUCUGUCGGUCUGCUCAUGACGUCAUAGACAACGCCGUUACUUUCCCAGCCGGCUCCGCGUGCAAAAUCCGAAAGAAGAGUUGCACCGGUUUUGUAAACCAAAUGGAAGUGGGAUAAAACGUACCACGGUGGCAGAGAAUCUCCAACAUGACAGCUCUAUGAAACGUGACAUUAGAUGCUCACUCGUGCAUCACUGGUAUAAAAAAAAAAAAGGACUUUCUAGGACUGAGACACCCUCAGCAAGUUACAUUACUCUUCACUUGGGAUCAUGAACCAAAGAUCUGUGUUUGCUGAUCCUUCAACUAUGGUUGUGCUGGACCGAUCCACUGAGCAGCCGAGAAGCCAAAAUGAAGGUUAGCAGUCGUUUGAUUGUAGCUUUAAUGACCAAAUUUAAUGUCUGAUCAGGAGGAUCAAGGAAUAUCUUGAUCGAGGAAUAUCCCGCACGUUUCGGAGUGUAAAUUUGUUUGGGUGCCCUGGGGUUUCCGAUAUAAUGGAGGUAGGUUCAGAGACAUGCCAGCACCUCUGUCCUCAUCACCAGCAACAGCAGCUUCAGCAGAAGAGGAAGACUGUCACCCAUGCUCUCGAAGACCAGAAAAAAAUUUAUACAGAUUGGGCCAACCACUACCUAGCCAAGUCCGGACACACACGCCUGAUUAAAGACCUCCAACAGGAUGUUGCCGAUGGCGUUUUGUUGGCAGAAAUCAUUCAGGUUGUAGCAAAUGAGAAGAUCGCCGAUAUCAACGGAUUCCCAGAGAGUCGCUCUCAAAUGAUUGGGAACAUUGAUGCCUGUCUGGGCUUCCUGGCUGCUAAAGGGGUGAAUAUAAAGGGACUUUGCGCUGAAGAGAUCCGCAAUGGCAAUCUGAAGGCCAUUUUAGGCUUGUUCUUCACUCUGUCACGUUUCCGGCAGCAGCAGCAGACUUUGAAACAGGCCUCCAGCAAUGUUCAGUUGCUCCAGAACAACCAGACCCACCGAUGCUCCAGUCCUGCCCUGCCUCCUCACAGUCCUCCCUGUAGCUCUCCCUGUCCUUCUCCCAUCCACCAACACUACACCGUCUCCCCAUGUGCACAGAAACCACAGACAGACCUACAGUCCAGUCAUCCCUCGAAAGGCUCCAAUCAGAAAGCUGUCAAACUCUCAGUUGCUCAGAAAAAGAACUCUAGGCUUCCAAGGGCGGGUGGAGAGAGUAAACCUCGAACCUCAAACACCAACAGACGCAGCCAAAGCUUCAACCAAUGUGACCGAUUAAAGCCGUCAAUCUCUGCCUGCGCUCAUGAAAGAGAGAAAACCACACCAUCACCCAUAAUGGUUGAUCAUGGACCAAUCAGCUCUUCUAUUCCUCCACCCAGCUGCACCAGCACCUCUAAACCCUGGAGAAGCAAGUCGCUCAGUGCAAAACACACUGCUACAUCCUCCAUGGUCACGGUUAAACAACCACCUCCUGAUUCUCUUGAGGUUCCGCCUAAGGUGAUCGCCCAGAAGUCCAUGCUGGAAAAACUCAAGCUCUUCAACAGCAAAACGGGUUCCAGAACCUCCAAGGUUGUCAGUACAGAAGAUGUCAGUGCUGUAGAACCAGAAGAAAGCCAGAUUUGCCCCAUACACCCUGAAGCCCACCAUGGAAACCAAAGGCCUGUCACUCCCAGCAGUUCUGGUAGCUCAAGUCCCAAGCUAGCUCUGAAGGGCAUUGCACAGUUGACGCUCGGAAGGGCUUUAGCACCCAAAAUAGCCUCGGCAAAAGCAACCGAAAAAGUUAAAGAGAAGUCAAAGCCUAAAGAGAAAGACAAGCUCAAACAGCUUCCUGUUACAGAACCUGAACAUCUAAAAGGAGAUACCAAAACCGAUGGACAUGUUACACCCGAGACUAAGAAGUCUGUUCCCAAAGGAAGCAAAGCCAAAUCAGCUAUGAGUGGGAUUCCUAAACCAAGCCAGGGAGGAAAGGCUUCAGCUGCAAAUAAGACUGUAGCAUCGCCCCCUUGUGGUGCGGAGGGAGAACGGUUACGGAAUGGAAAGAUAGGAGGUCUGUCUGUGCAUAAAGGGCAGAAAGACAAUAGAAACUACAGCUCUACUUCUAGCUUACCAUUUCCAGAGGGGAAAAGUUGCCAAGAUCUCACUCUUGGUGCUCAGAUCCAUUCAACAGCCAGCAAUAUGGUCAGUGUACAACUUCCACAGCUCCAACAACAAUACAACCAUCCCAACACGGCCACUGUCGCCCCAUUCAUGUACAGUCUAUACAGUAGGUCUCAAACAGAAAUUGAUAAGACUGGGCUUAUGGCAGGAGUGGAGGAAAGGAGAGAACGAACAGGCCUGUGCAGCAAAUCCAUCCAUACUUCUCUGGAGAACCUGACAGGUGAGGACUCUGAAACCAAGAGGCUACGUACUGUGAAAAACAUCGCUGAUCUGAGGCAAAACCUAGAAGAAACCAUGUCCAGUCUACGGGGGACGACUCAUUUCAGUCACAGCACCCUUGAGACGACCUUUGACAGCACCGUAACUACUGAGAUCAAUGGGAGGGCUUUGCUUGCCCUCAGUUCCCGCCCUGCUUCUGCAUUGCCAUGGCGACUGGGCUCAUCAAGCCCUCGCCUUCAAGCUGGUGAUGCCCCCUCUUCAGGAAACGCAUUCGUACAGCAUGGCGGUGGAUGUGGGCGGCACACACACAGGCAUCAGACCUGCACGCACAACGGAGUCCUCUGCGGCCUUGAACUCUCAGAGAAGGUGGAGGAGCUGGAGGGCGUCGGCAUGGAAACAGCAGGGUACAUGAGUGACGGAGACGUCCUGGGCAAGAGCAUGAAGAUGGAUACUGUCACCAGUGGAUACAUGACAGACGGAGGUCUCAACCUGUACUCCAGAAGGGUUAACCGGGUCUCAGAUGGAAUGAACAGCGUGAGAGGGACCGCUCACCACUUUAAUCCCAAGAGUCAAGAUGAUACUGAUAGUUGGGACGACAGCAGCUCAGUCAGCAGCGGGAUCAGUGACACCUUGGACACAGAUGACCUCAACACCAGCUCGUCCCUUAGCUCCUACGUCAACACCCCAUCUGUCCCACACAGAGACGUGGAUGAACAGCUCCAGACGGAUGCAGAGAAGCACUCUGCAGUGAAACACAACCCCAACUGGUCCAACAACGACCUUAAACGUUCAGAAGGCAGCACUGACGGUGCCAACAAAAUGGAGACCACAACUAAAUGGAAUCACAGGUCCUCAGAUUUCUCAGAUGAAUCAGAACGGAGCUUGAUGGGUCGCAAGACACCUACAAUUUCUCAGACAGGCUCUUGGAGGCGGGGAAUGACCGCCCAGGUGGGCAUCACCUCUCCACGGACAAAAUCUACAAUACCUACGAACUGCAGCUCACUCAAGACACAUGGUAAGACCGAUGACGCCAAGGUGUCAGAGAAAGGACGUUCCAAUGGAACCCACUCCACAACUGUUGAUGACACCAAGAAACCUCCCCUCAGUUCGACCUCACGCACCCCAACCAGCACUUUUGGCUUCAAGAAGGCUCCGGGCGCUAUGGCAACAAUAACCGCAAGUGGAGCUGUGGUAACUAGUGGCUCUGCGACAGUGGGCAGGAUACCUAAAUCAGUUGGGUUUUCUGGGACUCGAAUUGUGAGUCGUCAGACGACUGUUGAUGAUGGAUACCUUCCUCCAAGUGCUCGGAUGACUCUUCAGUACCGUAGUUUACCAAGGCCUAGUCGUACAGGCACGGCUCGCUUUUCUAACCGCUCCAACAACUCAAGCCUUGAUGCUAGUUUUUGCAAUAAAGGUACCGCCACACUUCCCAAUCCUAAGAGUCGCAACUUAGUCAAGUCUCCAAUUGGAACUACUAACCAGACAGACCGAGAGAAGGGUAUCUUUUCUGAUGUGGAGAGCCAGGUACUUAAGACUAGCACAACUACCCAGACGGGGUGCCAAGCUGGACGGCAAGCAGGAGGAAAGUAUUCAGAAAUGUCCUCGCCAACCCUUCGUAGACUCUUUGGUAGCAAAUCUUGCAACAAGCAAGCUCCGGUCACCACCAUGGAGAACAUGAAGAACUCCACCAUCAUCUCCAAUCCUCAUGCCACGUCCAUCCAGCAGAAUGGUUCUGUAAAUACACCGUCUGUCGCCAGUGGAGGCAGCGGCCCAGUUUAUAGUGACAGCCUGACGAUGCCCUCUGGGGGUCAUGGAGAGCAGACCCUUUCCUCUAUGACCUCCAGCCCAGGAUCAGCUUUCUCUCCUUGGGGAGGCAGGGAUGGCUCCAAUCACAUCAGUAGUGACUCCAUUGAUGUUUCCUUGGGAAAGGAAGAUUUAUGUCUUAAUCGGACCAACAGCACCCGAAAUGGCCUCUCAGACAGCCCUCACUCCUCCCCCUCUGCUAGCCCUAAAUUUACCCGCAACACACUCCCACGGAAAGAGGACAGGUAUGGCCAUGUGCCUCAGGUCAAAGGUCAUGAAGAGGCUCGUGAUUGGCUACGUUCUCCCUCAGCUGUUGGGCCCCAAGAUUCAAUUGGCUCUUCCCCCUAUACCCCUGCCUCUACACUCAUCUCGCCUUCCGGCACACGCUUCAACUUUAGCACACUUGGCAGCCCCACCACAGCUUCUCAGAUAGCAACUUUGCGCGGCACCAACGGUCAAGGCAAUCACGACAACCUGUGCGACCCCUACAGCGAUCCACGUCUGAGGAACUCCUCAAUGAGCCUGGAGGAAAAAAACCGCGCUAUGAGCAGCUCCGGAUCGUUCCGUGAGGGCCUGGAGGAAGUUCAUGGCUCAUCUUUGUCUCUAGUCUCUAGCACAUCGUCGGCUUACUCUACGCCUGAGGAAAAGGCUCAAACGGAGAUCCGUAAGCUGCGGAGGGAACUGGACGCGUCACAGGAGAAGGUCUCGGCGCUCACAACACAGCUCAGUGCCAAUGCUCACCUUGUGGCAGCUUUUGAGCAGAGUUUAGGAAACAUGACCAUCCGGCUGCAGAGCCUGACGACGACGGCAGAACAGAAGGACUCAGAGCUGAAUGACUUGAGGAAGACCAUUGAGCUCCUUCAGAAGCAGAACUCAGCGACUCAAGCCACCAUCAAUGGAGUCAUUAACACACCAGACCCAACAUUAACAAACCGCAAGGUUUCUCUUGAUUCUGUCAACGGGUCGCCUCAGUCCCAGCGAGAGUUGCGUAUCCACAGGCAGCCCUCAUCGGACAGCGUCUCCAGCAUGACCAGCGCCACCAGCCACUCCAGCAUUGGCAGCAACCUGGAGCUGGAUGCUAAGAAUAAGAAGAAGAAGACAAACUGGCUGCGGAGCUCCUUUAAACAAGCAUUCGGGAAGAAAAAGUCUCCUAAAUCGGCGUCUUCUCACUCGGACAUUGAAGAGAUGACAGACUCUUCUCUGCCAUCUUCACCCAAACUCCCCUAUAACGGCUCAACGGCAUCUUCUCCCAUGAUACGCAACUCCCACUCCAACUCCCUUCCUCAACUGUCCUCGCUGCCUGCACUUGGGCCUGUCUGGGGCUGUAGCAGCAAGUCCAUGAGGUCUGCCUCACUGGCACGGAUUUCAGAGUGUACGGACAGUGAGGCUGAAACAGUCAUGCAGUUGCGCAGUGAACUGCGUGAUAAAGAAAUGAAACUCACAGACAUCAGAUUGGAGGCUCUCAGCUCCGCCCACCAAUUGGACCAACUACGAGAAUCCAUGAACCGCAUGCAAAUUGAGAUUGAGAGGCUGAAAGUGGAGAAUGACAGAUUAAAGAUGGAGAGCCGAGGCAGUAGUAGCAGAGCUCCUUCUCAGAUGUCCAUCUCCCCUACUUCUGUGGGCCUUUCUUCUCAACUCAGCCUCACAGAAUCCACCAGCUUAGAUAUGUUGCUAGAAGACAGUGGAGAUGGAAGUUCCUGGAAAGAGGGACAGCAUGUGAAGGUUGUGGUCAGUCUGGAGAAAGAUCCAGAGUGGAAAGAGGAGUGCAGACCUUCCCAGUUCUUGCUGGGCUGCAUUGGUGUCAGUGGAAAAAGCAAAUGGGAUGUCCUAGAUGGUGUAGUCAGACGACUCUUUAAGGAAUAUAUCAUCUACGUAGAUCCUGUCACACAGUUGGGUCUGAACACUGACAGUGUGAUGGAGUACAGCAUUGCAGACAUCCAUCGCGCCAGUGAUGCAGAUACACCAGAACUUCUGCCAUGCGGUUAUCUUGUGGGAGAAAGCAAUACCAUCUCUGUCAAGCUGAAAGACUUGUCUGUCAAUAGUGAGGACAGUUUGGCGUUCGAGACACUCAUUCCGAAGCCAGUUCUGCAGCGAUACAUCUCUCAGCUGGAGGAGCACAGACGAAUCAUCUUUUCAGGGCCUUCUGGCACAGGGAAGAGCUUUCUAGCCAGCAGACUGGCCGAGUACAUGGUCCUAAAAGAGGGAAAACAGCUGGAACAUCAAGCAAUUGCCACUUUCAAUGUUGAUAACAAAACUACUAAGGAACUGAAGCAGUACUUGUCCAACCUGGCAGACCAGUGUAAAACCAGUGUACGUGCUGUUGACAUACCUGUGGUGCUUAUACUAGAUAACCUUCACCAUGUCACCUCACUAGCCGAGAUUUUCAACGGCCUGCUCAACUGCAAGAACCACCAGUGUCCUUACAUUAUUGGAACCAUGAAUCAAACCCCAUCACCCACUCCAAAUCUACAGCUUCAUCAUAAUUUCAGAUGGGUUUUGUGUGCCAAUCAUAUGGAGCCACUGAAAGGUUUUCUGGGUCGGUACCUGCGACGGAAGCUUCUAGAAACCGAGAUCAGCAGCCGUGUGAGGAACGGCGAGCUAGUUAAGAUUAUUGAGUGGAUCCCAUGUGUUUGGCAUCAUCUCAACCGCUUCCUGGAAACACAUAGUUCUUCUGAUGUCACAAUCGGACCUCGACUCUUUUUGUCCUGCCCAAUGGAUGUUGAAGGCUCAAGAGUGUGGUUCACUGAUCUGUGGAACUACUCCAUCAUCCCCUAUAUGCUGGAGGCUGUCAGAGAAGGGCUGCAGAUGUAUGGGCGUAAGGCAGCAUGGGAGGACCCCGCGAAGUGGGUGAUGGAGAGCUUCCCUUGGGUGGCAAGUCCACAGCAACACGAGUGGCAUUCCCUGCUGCGACUUCGGCCAGAGGACAUAGGGUUCGACGGGUACAGUAUAUCUCAGGAGGGCAGUCCAGGCAAGCAGCCUGCUCAGGGAAAAUCAGAAGAAGACCCACUGAUGAAUAUGUUAAUGAGGUUGAAGGAGACGGCUCACUGCGCAGGGACAGAGAGCUACGACAGUGAUUCCACCAACAACAGUCACCAAGAUGACACGCUGGACUCUUCUGAGACUUUUUAAUAUCAGACUCAGCUUCUUUUAUAUGAAUCUACAAGGUGCUGGUAACCUGUAAAACAGGGUGCUGGAAACCCUGAAAAAUCAUUAUAGUCACAUCACAGCCUAAUCAUCGCCUGAAAUGCAAGAAAAAAGUUUAAUAUUCAUCAAAGAUCGUCAUUUCCUGAAAUGGACACUUGAUGGCGGUAUAAAUGUGUUCAAAAAGGAGAUAAUCCUAGUUGAGAUGUAGCAACUCCAAGACUUGCCAAUUCAUGUUUAUUUUCAGUCAUAUAUUAAAUUUUCUAAGUAGUGUCUAAUGUUGGGUGACUUUUAUGUACUAGUGAACAACUUUGGUGCUGAACUUUAUAUUAAUGCCUUACAAAACCUGUUGAGACAGGCUAGCUUAUGUCUUAAAGAUCUGUAACUUUAUACAAAUGCAAGUAAUGCAAAGACAUUAUAGCCUUCCAAUGGUGCACUGUCUGUGGGACCUAACAGAGAUAUAUAGUAUAUAUAACCACUGUAUUGUGGUUGCUUUUCACCAACAAAAAAGUGUUUUGGUAACACUUGCAUAACAUAAAGAGCUGUUUGGAAAAGUAUUGAUAAUAUUAAAGCAAAUUUUGUGCCAGGAGCAUAGUUUGUGCCUCUUUAUCUAGUACAAUAUUCUCUAUGCAAUAUUGUUACAUUCAAAGAAUAUUUAACUUCAUCACAACAGAAUUUCUGGUAAAAUUUUAGUUAAUAACAGAAAAGGUUUUACCAAACAGUCUCAAUGCAUAAAAACUAUUACGGAUAAGAUAAUGGCAUUAUUGCAAUACUGCUGAUAUCAGGAAGACUUGAAACCAAAACUUACCACACUUUUAUAGAUUCUUAGAAGUCUACAAGGACAGCUGCAGAACAUGAGUCUGCUUUGUUCAGUGUGAGAGUAUGUUUAUCUAAAAAUACGUGUUAAGGGGAGAAAGAAUGAGAUGAAAUUAUGUGAAUCAUUAAGGUCUGAAGAUCUUGGGGUCGUUAUACAUUCAAAAUGAUUUGGCACAAGGAUCUGUGUGAUGUGCUUUAGUCUGAAUAUUGGGGGUUAGUGUGUCUUGCUAAUGUGGCAAAUGUUUGCAUGAAGUUCAAAUAGAUUACUGAGAGAUGUUUUAUUUGAAAGAUUGAAUUUUGUUUAACUAGAAAAAUACCUUUUUCAAAUGUUCCUUUUAAAAUCAUUUUCUAGAACAUGUUUUAAUAGAAGACCUUAUGCAGUUUUUCUUAAUUUUGUUUUUCUGUUAGAUCUCACCAAAUAAUUUGCUGUGCAUUAAGUACAGCCAAUAUUUUUUUCUUCAACAUAUGAAAACUUUUGUGGGGAAAACAUUGAAAUGAUUUUAUAAUUAAUAAAAAAAAAAGGCAAAUAGUGUCUACUUUCCCAUAAAUUGCUGAUAAUUUUAGAAAACAAAAGACUGAAUUUUGAUCGAGUUUGUGUAUAUUUUCAGUUGUAAUAUAUUGUAAAUAUUUGCCUUAUGUUUUAUUUGUUUGUGUAGUCUUUAAGAGGUAUUGUUUUGUGUAAAGUUGUUGUUAAUGUUUAAUGAUAUUUUUCAGUGUCAAUUUAGUGAUUGCAUGUGACCCUUUCAGAAUAAAUGUGAUUAUUUUCUUCUCCAA